CUAACUUAUAACUUUGUUUAUUUUAUUCUAACCUAACUUUAAUCGUUAUUUUAAUAUUUAGCUAUAUUUUAUUAAAAAAAUCUAAAUCUCUGGAUUUUAUGUAAAAGCACAGAUUGCUUUAAAUGGAAAAAGUCCUGAAAAUAAAUAUAAAAACUGUAAACAAACUACUAUCCGAGAGUGUCAUUACCUCUCAAGCCCUUACUGAGGCAGCACUUAAACGUACUGAAAAAUUCAAAAAUCAUAAUGCAUUUAUAGCAGUCACCGAAAAUGUGGCAAAAGACCAGGCUGUCGCAUCAGAAAAUCGCUUCAAAGAAAAUAAAAUCCUCUCAGAACUUGAUGGAGUACCGAUUGCUGUUAAAGACAAUUUCUGCACCAAAGAGGUGGCAACAACAUGUGCCUCAAAAAUGCUUCAAAACUUCACACCCACUUACAAUGCAACUGUAGUUCAACGGCUUUUAGAUUCUGGAGCUGUUUUAUUGGGAAAAUCAAACCUAGACCAAUUUGCUAUGGGAUCUGGGACAGUGGACUCAAUUUAUGGUCCAUCUAAAAAUGUUUGGGGCUACCAAGAUGACACUAAUUUUCAUAUAUCUGGGGGAAGUAGUGGAGGGAGCGCCCUAGCCGUGACAACAGGCAUGGUUUUUGGUGCUUUAGGUUCUGAUACUGGGGGUUCAACUCGUAAUCCUGCCUCUUACUGUGGAAUAGUCGGCCUUAAGCCAACUUAUGGUCUUGUAUCACGAUGGGGCUUGAUUCCCUUAGUAAAUUCAAUGGAUGUUCCAGGAAUAUUGACUCGUACAGUGGAUGAUUGUGUGAGUGUUUUAAAUUGUGUGGCUGGUUUUGAUGAGAAAGAUUCUACAUCCCUUCAAAAGUCAUAUAGAAAAAUCAGACUUCCACCUUUUAAUAAAAUGUCUAUUAAGGGCCUCAAAGUGGGAAUUCCAGUGGAAUAUUACAAUGAGCACUUGAGCAGUGAAAUCUAUGAAGCUUGGAAUGAAGUGGCAAAUUUGCUGGAAAGUGAGGGGGCAACAGUUGAACAGGUUUCUAUGCCUUACACUGAGCACAGUAUAGUUUGUUACUCAAUACUAAACCAAUGUGAAGUGGCCAGCAAUAUGGCCAGAUACGACGGUAUUGAGUUUGGCUAUAGACCAACAGAUCCUGAUAUUGAGUCAACUGAGAAAUUAUUUGCUACCAGCCGUAGUCACGCUUUUAAUGAAGUAGUGCGGAAUCGGAUUUUAACUGGGAAUUAUUUUUUGUUAGCCAGAAAUUAUGAAAAACAUUUUAACCAGGCCCUUAAGGUGCGUCGACUUAUAUCGGACGAUUUUCACAAUGUUUGGGAGAAGGUGCAGAUUUUACUUACUCCCACCACUUUGACUACGGCUCCUAAAUAUCAGGAUUUUGUGCAGAAAACUAACAGGGACCAGUGUGCGUUACAGGAUUAUUGUACGCAACCGGCCAAUAUGGCAGGUGUCCCGGCUGUAUCCGUACCAAUAAAAUUGUCCAAAGAUGGUCUACCAAUAAGUUUACAACUGAUCGGACGUAACCUAAGCGAACCGAUGCUGCUAGCGGUCGCCAAAUACAUCGAAAGUAUCGUUAAGUUUCCCCAUUUUAUAAAUAAACUUUGUUAAUCAUAAGGUUUAAAUAAAAACAGCCGUGGUCGGUGUAUAUAA